AUGAGCGUCGUCUACGAACCCCGGACGUUCAUGCACGAUGGGUCCUACCCUCCGAUCGGCGACCCGGACCACGACCACAACGUCGACCCGACAGCACAGUACCAAGCGACCGACGUCCCAGACCUUGCGUCCUACAACCCGACAGCUUCGAUGCUCGGGGAUGAUCGGUCUUUGAUGCCAGAUGGUCUCGACGAUGGUUCCGUGGGUGUCCCUGAUGCUACGCGACUCGAUCUCUCCGCUCCCCCGACCCUCGCCUCUCUCCCCUCGCAACUUCCCGCGCUACCCGAACCUCUGCCGUCAAACAACAAGGACGAGGGCGAAGCCUCAACACCAUCUUCGAGGGUUAAGUGUAUAGCCAAACCCGAACGCGAGGUUACAAAACAGCCCGACGGAAAGUUCUACUGUACUUUCCCGGGAUGUACGGAAGAGACGCAAGUUUUCACACGGAAGUGCGAAUGGAGCAAGCACAUGGACAAGCACGAGCGACCCUACCGAUGCGCCGCCGAAGGCUGCGAAAAGCUUCCGGGCUUCACAUACUCCGGCGGUCUCCUCCGCCACGAGCGCGAGGUCCACGGCAAGCACGGUGGCCCGAAGAACACAGUCAACUGCCCGCACCCAAACUGCAAGCGCCAUACAGGCAAGGGCUUCUCGCGCCAAGAGAACCUGAACGAGCACCUUCGACGGGUCCACACAAGCGACGGCUCCAGCACCGUCCAGGAAGACGUUCAGACGGGCAGCGACGGUGACAGCGAGAAGGCCGGCGUCUUCGGCGCGGGGAACAAGCGGAAGCGCUCGAGGAAGAGCUCCGACGCGGGGCUCGACGAGCUGCGCGAGGAGAUCAAGCGCGUGCGUCAGGAGAACGAAGAGCUGCGUCAGCAGCUCGACAGGCAGGGCCAGCACAGCUUUGCCAUGAUGACGCAGAUUGCAGAGCUGCAGGACGCGCUGCGCACGAAUCUCGACGGCACCGGCCUGGGUGCGCCUACGGCCACGAUGUUGUGA